AUGGAGGAAGUGGGUCGUAGGCACUCUGUAUCAAAUGCAAGCGGUCGAUCAUCACAACCAUCAAGUUUAGGAAUCAAGCGCGGACCACCACGUAGCUAUAGCGUAAAAGAAGGUGCAAGCAUGCCUGUAAGUGGUCUUGAUCCGUACAUGUUCCCGUCGAAACAAAAGUCAGUAAAAGGCAUGUUCUCAGAUGCGAACCUGGAAAAAGUGAAAAAAGCUAUUUCGAAGUUCUUCCUCUUCGAUGCCAUACCAUUCAAUGUAACUGAUAGUGGGCCUUACUAUCAAUCAAUCAUUGACACUAUUGCGGAUGCAUGCCCAGGAAUAAAGGAUUCCACAAGAUAUCAAAUUGGUAGUUUUUAUUUGGAGGAGGAGGUUCAAGAGCUUGAUGUGUAUAUAUCUUCGAUGAAGCUUAUUUCUUAA